GCGCGCGCCAGUCCGCCGCCGACCCGCGCCGCGCUUACACGCGCACCACAUCCCCGCGCGAAGCUACACACGCGCAACUGACGCGAUCGCGAACUCCGAUUCCCUUUUUGUUUAUUUUUCGCGUCCUUCGAACCGUUUUGUGUUACCAAGGCGGCGAAAGAAGUCGGCGCAUGGAUCGAGCCACAAGAGAAGACUGGUGCAGGCCGCCCGGCUAGCCGCCGCUCCACCCACCAAAAGACGACCCACAAACCAAAGCCUCCAGUCAUAUCUUUCGUUUAAAAUCUAAAUAUAAGCACUAUUUUUUAAACCUUUUAACGAUAAACCGUAAAUAGUAUACGCUAACUCCCAAACAGUACAAAUUAAUUUAAGUCUGAAGUGAUCGGUAUUUACAAUAAGAAGAACAAACGAGCGAAAGAAAAAUCUAUCAACGACCAGUAUUUAAACGUUCCAAAAUAAUAGAUAUCGUUAAACGAGUGCACAAAAUAUUUAUCGAUCGUUAACGCAGUCGACGCAUUUUUCUAAAAUUCAGCCAAAGAUUUUAUAAAACCGUAGUUAAGACUCGUGUGUAAAUCUGCCUCUCGGGGAUUUUUAUAUUUAUUUGUUAGUGAUUAAUGAAAUUGUGAUUAGUGUAGUGUAAACCAGUGUGCCGUAUAACCGUAAUUUAAGUGCUAUCUAGACAGACUUUAACCAAUUAACUUUAGGCAGUCAGAGUACAAAUAUCAAGUUCCAGUGCAGCGAGUGUUCAUAGCGAGAUAGACUUAGUAGAGCUUAUUUUUGUACAACUUUACGUGUUGAGCGUUUGUGUUGCGGUGAGGAUGAGGAUCCGCUACCGCCGCGGACGGGCGCCAUGAGCGAGGCGCUGCGGAGCGAAGCGGGCGCGGACGCGCACCUGCCGCCCUUCUCGACCUUUGUCGGAGACAUGGCCGAGAACGAGCAGCGCAUCCUCGCGGCCGACGCGCGCCUGCUCGACCCCGGCUGGGAGUACUACGAGCGCGGCGACGCCGUUUCCGUCAUCGCCAGUCAAGCGCAGUACCGCCCCUGGGAGUCCAUGCCCAUCACCGUCGGCGCCAAGGAUGCCAUCCUGCGCGCCGGCUUCUCCUCUCCCCUCGACUACCAGUCCGUCACCCUGCAGCCCAUCAACAAGCUGCCGUCCUUCCAGAGCCAGUUCCAGACGUUUCCGGAGACGACCGUCAUUCCCGAGACGGGGCUGCCGAGCGUGACGCCCGUCCCGGUCACGGCCAGCCCCACGCCCAGCGCCAGCCCUAGCCAGCUGACGCAGCUCACGCAGCUGACGACGCCGUCGUCUCCUGCGCACCUCACAACCCUGGCUCAGGUCACGCCGCUCUCCACAACCCUUACUACGCUAUCGCCUGUCAACGCUACAACAUUCCAUACACUCACGGCAGUAAACGCCAGGAGUUACCCCAUUGUCCCGGCACCGCUGCAAGCCCGGGAGCUCGCACCUGCCGGACAAGCUUACAUUGAUGACCGGCACAUACAGCUAUACCAACCAAAUAUCGCUACGAUCAAUGCUUUUCCUACUCAAAAUGGUAUUUUACACCAAAAUGGGACAAUCCUCCAUCAAAAUGCGAGCUUACUACAGAACAUUCAGAGUCCAACCGUGGUUCACGUGUUGAAAAACGAGCCGUUCGAUAUGAAAUCGCUCCAAGAGAAGUACACACCGAAUGGGCUACAUCACAGUAAUUUCCAGAACCCGAUGUUGAUAGAAAGCGGGUAUGAGAAGAAAAACGGUUUCGGGAACGGGUCGUCGCCCACGAGAUCGGAUUUCCGGAAGAAAGAGAGGCGGAAAAUGCGAGCUAACAGCUCGGAAUCCGACGGCUCCAACAUGGAGAUGGGGUCUGAGAGCAGCGGGCAGGUGGCCGCCGUGUCGUCCACCGCCGGCUUCAAGUCGCCGCUCCAUGGGGCUCCGCCCAUGAGCACAGGACCCAUGGAUCUAGACGACAUCUCUUCAGAGAAACAGACAAAGAAGAAGCGCAAACGAUGCGGCGAAUGCAUCGGUUGCCAGCGCAAGGACAACUGCGGCGACUGCGCGCCGUGCCGCAACGACAAGAGCCACCAGAUAUGCAAGCAGCGGCGCUGUGAGAAACUCACCGAGAAGAAGGUCUUGCAAGACAUCAAGGUAAAUAUGAGUUACCGAGGCCGAAAGCCUCUAGGCGGCACCGCAGGCGUCCCCGGCCCCGCAGGAGUGGUCGUCCCCGGCGUGGCCGGCCUGAGCCCCGGCGUGCCCGCAGCAGCGUCGCCGAGCCCCGCUCCGCAGGCGCCGGCCGCCCCUAGCCCCUCGCCGGCUACCACGCCCGGCAUGAAGCAGGAACACCCUAGUCAACCCAUGGCCCCAAUGCCUUUCUACGCCGGCGAUCCCAACAGGUUCCCUACGACCUGGCAAACCGACCCGUCACAAGGUUGGCAGAACCAGUUCAUCCAACAGCUUCCAACACAAACCGGACAGACCACCCUCGACUACCAGGGCAACCAUACAGCGUACGCCACGUCACCGUACCAAGCCAACACCACUUACACCGUCCAGAACGUCGCCACCACCUUCGACGUGACCAACAACACGUACUACCAGGCGGGCGUCCAGGCCGUGCCGGCUCAGCGACCGCCCUCUGCUCGGGCGUACACCCCCGUGCCCUCGCCCCGAGCGCCGCACUACCCAGAGUACCAACAACAGUACGCCCAACAAGCGACUACUCCAGGAGUCACCGGCGGCAAUGACUCCCGACCCGCCUCCGCCGCCUCGUACCAAAGCGCCGUCCCGACUACCUCCGCGCCCGUCUACAGCGUCAGCCAACAAACUUACGAGCGCACCGACUAUCAAGAACACUCGGAGGAGUACAACGGUGAAAACGGCACCGGAGAAUCCAGCAACGACACGGAGAGGCAAGAUAACACCCCGAAUGGACAGCAUUCGGGAAACGCCGAGCCUGGGUACCUGCAGGGGAGCAGCGGUCCGCGAGCUUCACUCGAUUGUAGCGGGUACCCGGGCGGCUAUAAUGGCGGACACCAGUACAGGGAGAAUGGACAGAGCCAACAACAACAGCAGCAACAACAACAGCAGCAGCAGCAGCAACAACAACAACAGCAGCAACAACAGCAGCAGCAACAGCAACAAGACUGGCAACAGCGCCAGUGGCAGCACAACCAAAGAAUAAACCAACAGAUGCAAAACCAACAACUGCAGAACCAACAGUUACAAAACCAACAAAUGCAAAAUCAAGUAAUACAAAACCAGCAGCAGAUUCAGAAUCAACAACAACAACUUCAGAGUCAGCAGCAACAGAUUCAGAAUCAACAGCAUAUACAGAACCAGCAGCAAAUGCAAAACCAUCAGAACCAACAUAUGCAACAGCAGCGCGAAGACGCCGAGCAGCAGCUAUUCUCGCAAUCAGACCGUGUCAACCUCAACUCUCGACUCAAGACCAUGAUUCUCAAUAAGCAGAGUCACGCACGCGACGGUUCGGGGACGCCGCCCGACAAAGGCGACCCCGGAGAGGGUCCACCCAGACCUCUCGACGAGAGAAAAGGCGGCGCCGUCAACGAUGACAGAAAUACCACCGGUCAUUUUUUAUCGUAUAGCCACCAUCUCCGAGAUAAUUACCGCUUAGGCGAGCAGUAUCCUGCCGCUGGUAAUUAUUCACAAAACGCUCACGCCUACGGCGCGAGCGAGUUCGGAGGUGGUGGCCACCACGUAUGGGAGGGGGGCACGGAAGUGCCGAGAGGUUACGAUAAACACGCUAAGAACGCGAAGACUCAGAAGCUGCCGUCCUACGCGGACGUGCGAGAGCAGUACGGUUAUCCAUCUGCACCGUACGAAGCGCAGAAAUAUGCAGAAAUGUAUGGUAGUGAUAGUUUAAGUUACAGUCAAACGGAUAGUAAAGAUUUCCAGUCGAAAAUGGUUAUAGGGCCAGUAUCGGAAAUGAACCAGCAGAACUGCGCGCCGGCGCGCGACACCAACGCACAAACGAGGAAUUACGAUCACAGGGAGUACGACGCCAAAUUUAGACAUCCCUCGGCACCGCUAAUACCUAAACUAGAAACGCCAGACUCGUAUCAAUACCCUAAAGACGACAGGCUGAAGGAUCAGUCUAGGCUUCAGCAAAACGGUAACCCAAAUUAUUGCAAAAGCAAGGACAUGAACAACCCUUACCGGGAAUACCCAAACGGCAUAGCACGCUCGCAGAGUACAGUGCUGCCACCUAUUUCUACUAUAAAGCAAGAAAAUUUUGGUCAAAAGGCGCAAAAUUACCAGAAUUUUCAGAAUUACCCGUACGAGAGAAGACAAGAAGCUGAAGUGUAUCCAAGAUUACAAAAAAACAUGGGAUUUCAGAAGUACAAUCGGAAUUAUAUCGAGCAACAAAAACAAGCUAAGGAAUUGGAGAAUCGAAUUAAUAUUGAGAGAGCAUCGGAGCCAAGAGCGCCUUACUAUAUAGAACAAAUAAAGUCGGAACAUUCUCCUCCAGGGCAUAAGAUUUACAAAAAUUUAAGCUACAAUGUUCCAAAGAGCCAUGAGCCUUAUAUGUACCCCGGGGACGGUGGUCCAGCGUCCAUUAACAACGAGAUAGGCUACUCUUGCUGCCGACAAGGGUCUACCAAGAAGCCGCCUCCAGAACAUUUGCGAGAUGGCGCCUGUCCCGGCCUUCAAACUAAGGACGAAAUCCUAGAAGACGACCCUGAAGAAAAGGACGCCAAAAAGCCGCCAACCCCCGUCCCAGAUAUAACUAAAGUUAAAGAGAACCAAUUCAACUACUCGAAGGAAUACUUAGAGAAUCUGGAACGGUUAAAAAACAAUUCGAGGACGGAGGUGCCUGACUGCAAUUGCUUUCCCGCUGACAAGAAUCCUCCGGAACCUGGCAGCUAUUACACUCAUUUAGGAGCAGCGGCAACCCUAGCAGAGCUUCGGAAGGAGCUCGAAGGUCGCACAGGGUUGUCAGGCAAAGAGUUACGCAUCGAGAAAGUUUGCUACACCGGCAAGGAAGGGAAGUCGGCCCAGGGCUGCCCCAUGGCCAAGUGGGUGAUUCGUCGCUCAAGCUACACCGAGAAAGUUCUAGUGGUGGUGAAAUGCCGCGCCGGGCACAAGUGCCCAACCACGUGGAUCGUGGUGUGUCUGGUGGCGUGGGAGGGCAUCCCGCAGUCCGAGGCCGACUUGGACUACACGCUGUUGUCGCACAAACUCAACCGCUACGGCUUGCCUACCACCCGGCGAUGUGCUACUAAUGAAAACAGAACAUGCGCCUGUCAAGGACUGGACCCAGAAUCCUGUGGCGCCUCCUACAGCUUCGGCUGCUCUUGGUCUAUGUACUACAACGGCUGCAAAUACGCACGUUCCAAAACCGUCCGCAAAUUCAGACUUUCCGUGAAAACAGAAGAGUCCGAAAUAGAAGAGCGAAUGCACGUGCUCGCGACGCUGUUGAGCCCCCUGUACAUGAACUUGGCCCCGAAGAGCUUUGAGAACCAGUGCCAGUUUGAGAAGGAGGCGUCGGAUUGUAGAUUGGGGUUUAAGCCGGGACGGCCGUUUUCUGGCGUAACAGCAUGCAUCGACUUCUGCGCGCACGCCCACCGCGACCUGCACAACAUGAACAACGGCUGCACCGCCGUCGUCACCCUCGCCCGCCACCGCUCGCUGUCCAAGCCCAACGACGAACAACUACACGUGCUGCCUUUGUACGUGCUGGACACGACGGACGAGUUUGGGUCGAGGGAAGCGCAGGAGGAAAAGAUCAAGAGCGGCGCGCUCGAGGUGUUGGAUAAAUAUCCCAUGGAAGUACGCGUGCGCUCCGUCCCACUCCAGCCCUGCCGAAGGCACGGGAAGAAGCGGAAAGACGAAGAAGCGACCGACGCCAACAACUCCACCGGCAGCCAGCCCAGCCCCACCGGCCAGAAGAAGCCCGUGCACCCCCCCGCGCCGCGCACCCCGCAGCCCGACGCGCGCAACAACCCCAGCCCGCGCAGCCAUAGCGCCUCCCCCGCCCCCCGCGCGCUCACCCCCGCGCGAGCACACUCCAACCCCUCGCCCUACCCCAACAACUCCUUCAACUCCGCCUUCAACCCCAUGCACAACUCCACCGGCCUCAUGAACCCCAACCUGAGCAACCCCGCCCUGCUCGACAUGGCCACCAUGAUAGACAACUUCACCGACGCCCAGCUGCAGAGCAACCAGAUAUCCAGCACCGUUCUCGACUCGCCGUAUAACUCCUACGAGCAGAGUUACAACCUGCACCACCAGAACGCGCUGUAUCCGAACCACGUCAACAAUCCUCCGCCGGUCGAAAGCUGCCAGAAUCCUAAUCCCGAUGAGCUUCCCGGUUUCGCUUCCGGUCUACAGAAGAGGGACCAGUUCCCGAACCCUCCGAGUAGCGAUCAGAUGAACCCCUCGCAGAACCAGUGGCCGGAUUUCGCCGGCGCCGAAAUGUUCAGCAACGUCGUCAAGGAGGACCCCGAUUCCACGACGGCGCAUCUCAACGUUCCGCCGAACAACUACAGUCCGGACUCAAACAGAAGCGACACAAAUUCCGACACGUUGUCCCAAAAGAAUCCUGCGGAAACAGAUAAAAACUCUCUCAUAGCUGACCUCGCGCAGAAACUUCCAGACUUCGAUAUGCCAAGCUCCCCGAGACUGACUGAAAUUUCGCAGAAAUCGCAGAGCACCCCGGCCUCGCCGGCUCCUUCUCAAGUUCCUGAGUUAAAAUCUCCAAACAACAGUACUGAAUUAAAUGCUUCCUUAGAAUCGCGAAAGAGUGUGUGGAAAUCACCCGAAUCCAAGAAUUGGGAUCCUUCCAAAACCAAGGAACCUACGACUCCAGAAAACGAAAACUCCUUGUUCAGGGUUCCAAAGGCGCGGCCUCCCUCGCGAUCACAGCACGUCAAUCCUGCCGAAGGCAUGGAGAACACUACAUUCUUGAAACCGUAUCCACCUUCAGACAGAACGCCACUAGCCCAAGGAUACGAACACAGAAGUCCAUACGACAAUAGGUCACCGAACAACACUGUCCCCCAAACUGCCACAUCCCAAGCCAACUACACUAUCAGCCACGAUGAUAGCCAGAAUAUGGUCGCGGCCAACAAACCCACCGAGUUCUCCGGCAGCAACUUCCAAGCUGUCAAUCAACAAUCCUACGGAAAUCAAGCUCCGAUUCAGGGCUACGGCAACUACCCCCAGGUGGCCAACGCCUACAGCUUCCCGACAAAUCCGUACGGACAUUUUAAUCCGUACGAAAAUACGUACAACGACUACAACAGCUUGGCGUACUACAACGCCGAGAAGUACAAAAGGGAGGAGCUGCUAAGAAAUCCCCACUGCUACAACUCGUACGGGUAUCAAUAUAAUCCUAAUUUUGCGCCAAAUUUUUAUCAAAAUCCAAGUCCGAACUGGUGCCAGUCGUCGCCGAACUGGUGCCUGUACCCGCCGCCCUUCUCCAUACCCUACCCGCCCGAGCCGCCGAAGGCCGAGCCCAUAGGGGAGGUCACCGAGGUCACGGACAACCUCGAGUGCUUCAAGGACGGCCAGAUGGGCGGCGUCGCCAUCGCCCUCGGCCACGGCAGCGUGCUCUUCGAGUGCGCCAAGCACGAGAUGCACUCGACGACGUCCGUCCGGACGCCGAACCGGAUGAAUCCGACGCGGAUAUCUCUAGUUUUCUACCAGCACCGGAACCUCAACCGGCCGAAGCACGGCCUCGAGGAGUGGGAGGAGAAGAUGAGACUAAAGAAGCUGGGGCUGACCCCGCCGCCUUGCGCGGCCGGCUCCGCCCCCGCGUCGCCGUCGCCUCGCGCCGCCGCGCGGGCCGACGUGCCCGGCUACGGCUCGCUGGCCGCGCUGGUGGAGGCCACGGCGGCCGCGCGCCGCGCCGGCCACGUGCUGCUGCGCGCACACACCAACACCACCACGUCGUGGACCACGCUGUUCCCCAUGCACGGCUGCACGGUCACGGGGCCCUACCAGGAGUCGGCCACCUGACGGCCCGAGCGCCGCCCGCCCGCACCCUCCGCUCCGUCCGCCGCGCUCGAGUGAGCGAGACGAGAGAUGUUGCCUUUCCAUUAGUAGACUAUAGGUAGAGACGCAGUGCUUUCCGACUAUUGUAGUUCCUCGAUUUAUGAAAUUUAAAUAUAAGUCGGGCCGGUCCGGACCCGGUCACCCGAGUGAGUUUCCGAUCAAAGAUGUAAUUUUAAGUUAUAUUUUUUAAUAGUGUUUAUCGCAUUUCAGCUAGUCUUACGUUACUAUGUUAGUAUCGAAUCGUGUAUCGUCGAAGUGACCGUUAUCGUGUAGAUUUGUUUUUUGUAUAUUCUUGUCGUAUUUUAGUUUGCCGAAAUCGAUUUGUGGCCCUUUUUGGAUCUAGUUUUUAUUAUUUUACAUUCUACGUUUUAAAAUAGAAUGGUUAGUAUUUUGUCUGCAUAUUUUGUGGGUGUUUUCUAAUACGACGCAGUGCUUGUGCAUCGCGAUGAUCUCAACUACUAACCUGUGACUAGCUUACGAGACAGAGUACAAAACGUCAGACGAUACUCGCGCCGCCGCCGGCAGACUUGCCGUCGGCGAGCGUGUUUAUUGAUAUUUUUGUACCUUUGUUUAUGUAUUUAAGUUGUUUUAAUUGUAUUUUAAUUAAAUACCAUUCCUCUGUAUUGCUGAUCAUUUGCAUAGGCGUAUUUAUUAUUAUUAAAUCAAACGGUGGCGCUCGAGCGACACGGUUAGUACCACAAAGAUAUCGAGUGCUUUUCUAUUAGGUUAGGAUGUGUGUAUUUUUAACUUUUUAGAGUAUUUAACUUAUUUAUAUUGUAUUACGUGAACCAUUGUCAGAUCAUUUCCUUUGUAACGGUUUAGUGUUACUGUAGACAUUAAUAUAUUUCCUUUACGUCAUCACAUUAAAUUAUUACAGUUGUUUUUAGCAUGUUCAAGUAGCCUUCUUUACUUUUCACUAGUGCCUGCAUGUUCGGCCGCAGACCGAGGUCUGUAGACAUUCGAUAUUAACUAAAGCAUUAAUUGCCUUGAUCGUUUGAUCAAGUGAUGUGUCUACUGACUUAAUCAUCUGACGUAGACGAUAAAAUUUUAUAAAAUUAGGUACAUACAAUAAAAAGAUGAGUAAUAAAUUACAUACAUUUAUAUAAGAUAGAAUAUUUGCAGAAAAAAACAAUUGUCAGGCGCUUGGAAAGAUUAUAAAGUAGGCGUAUUAUUGAAAUGAAUGAAAACAUACUGAUUAAUAGUUAUUAAUAUAUAAUUAGCGUAAGAAAAAGUUUGUUUUAAAGAUUAAACUAUUGAUAUAGUUUAUAUUUUUUACGUGUACGUAUUUAUUGAAUGGUAAAUUUAUUGGGACGAACGUGAAAUUAUUUAUAGGUUAAAAGUUUUGAAGACAAAACUUAUAAAAAUUAAGCAAUAAUAGACAUCGGAGUCUAUGUAAAUUGUAAGGUAGGAGUUGAAUUAAAAUUAACGAAUGGUGCGAAUUGUCGUCGAUCUUAUGGAAAUGCUUAACGUUUCGAAACUUACCAAAAUUUGCCUAAAAUUGUAUUUGGAUAUAAUUUGUGUAGACGUUGUAAAAAGUCUUGCCAUUGCCACUUGCCAACGAUCGUGACCCAGCUCUGGUCCCGUCGGGACUGCACAUAUCAAACCCAUCGCAAUAUUUAUAAUGUAUUUACGCGUUACAAACCUCAUUUACCCAACUUCCAACCACGUUACUAUCAAAAUGUCUUCUUGGUGUAUUCUGUCCCUCGUCAAUUUUAAGUAUACCGACUUUUGAUCGUACUGUGGUACUAGCAUUAAACCGAAGUUUAUAAUUUUAUACGCGUUUUGCAAGGGCAACAUUUUGACACCAAAAUUGUAAAGAUAAAAUUUGUAGCGUAUGUAAAGAAAUCAUGUAUCAUCGGUCUUUUAUAAGCGUUGUAUCAGUUAGGUCACUUCACUAGAAACCUGUGAUAUACCCAUUAACUUGAGUGCUUGGACUGCUUGUAACGUGUAUUCUUCAGUGUGCAUGAAAGUAUGUGGUAUUUUACAUCAAAUUCUAAACUCAAAACCAAAAACGACCAGUAUUGUCAUAAAGUUGUAACCAAAAAGCAUGACGUUUAUUUGUUAAUUUCGCCUGAUUUCAGGUGUUUUAAUGUGGGUUAUUACCAUAUGGUUUUUACAAUUUAGGUUACUUUACGCCCUGAGCGUUAAUUUAAGUUACGACAAACCUAUUGUGUAACAAUAUUUUUAUUGUCUUCUGCCAAAACAAAAGAGUAAUCGAAUGUGUCAUGUAAAUAGAACUACCAUUAUUUAUUAAUACAAUAAUUUAAAAAGA